AUGAGCUCGGCUGCCCGGACAGCCCAGGACUCGGGAGCGCAAUCCCUUGAAACGCAGCUGCAGCGCCCGUUGCGGGAGGUGGACUCACAGAAGUGGCUGGCCCCACUUCUGACACAGUAUGGCUUCGCGGUCGGCGUGGUGCUCACCGGCUGUGGGAACAACAUCGUCAAGCAGAUCGCUACGCGGCCGCUGACUCACUACACCUACAUUCUGAGCUUGGCCGACGCAGUGGCGUACCUGCCGGUAUAUGGCGCGAUCCUUCUCACCUUCCUGGCAUCUGGCAUUGUCCCCGGCAACCAGAUCACCUUCAUGUGGUGUCGCCCGGGGCAGCGUUUCCCCUACUUCUUGCUAAUGGUUGCAGCCGGCUUUGCAUCUGCAGCCGCCGACGUCGUGGGGAUGAUCUGCACCCCUUACGUUACCGGCCCGCUCCACUCCCUUCUCUCCAACUGCACCUCCGUUUACGUUGCACUCCUGUCGAUUCUCCUCUUGCGUCAGCGCUACUCGCUGCUCCAGGUGGCUGCGCUGCUGUUCGUACUUGCGGCGGUCAUCAUCGGAAUCCUCCCAAGCUUUGCGAAGCAGGACCCGACGGUGUCCAACCAAACGAACCCUUUCUUCGCCCUUCUGCUGGCCCUCUCCUGCAUCGGCAAUGCGCUGUCUUUCAUCCUCAAGGAGUUUCUCUUCAAGAGAUACGACGGCUGGCUGAUGGAGGAAUACGGGCAGACGUCGGAGAAAGGCCUCAACAUCUUCGUGCUGAAUACACACGAGGCCAUCGCGCAGCUUCCCUUCACGCUGAUUUUGGUGCCACUGAAUGUGGCCUUCGGCCAAACCAACGGCCAGAGCCUCGUGGAGUACCUCAAGGAGGCCACCGACUGUGUUUUCCAAUCCACCCCCGACGUCUGCGGAAGCGAAAGCUCGCAUGCGGAAUGGGCGGGCAAGCUCACGCUGAUGUAUGUGGUUUUCAACCUCUGCAUGAAUGUCACAACCUUGAUGGCUGUGAAGUAUGGUAGUGCUCUGGGUACCUUCGUGGCUCUCAAAGCCAUCUUCCCUGUCUCGAUGGUGCUCUUUGCCUACGUGCAAUGGCCUCUGCUGGGCAAGACAGACAUCCACUGGCUGACCUGGAUGUCCGUCCUGGUCCUGCUGCCGUCCAUCGGAGUUUACCAAUGGGCCACGAUCCAGCAGAACAAGCGGGCUGCGAUUCACCCAUCUCUAGCGUCCUGCUGCUGGCCUUUCGGGGCUACGCGAGGAUGGCAAUCGUGA